GGCUUAUCGGAUGGCGUCAUCAGGGCGCCGAGGGCCUGGCGCGCUGUGGCGUUUGGGGCUAACGUGGAGCGCUUGGCCAUGGCAGUCGCCGAUGAGGAUUUGGGGUCGUUGGUAACGAGUCUGUACGACGUGCAGGCUUUCAAGUUUGGGAACUUCGUGCUGAAGAACGGUCUCUCUUCCCCCGUCUACGUCGAUCUGCGGGGCAUCGUGUCUCGACCACGUCUUCUGAGUCAGGUUGCAGAAAUUUUAUUCCAAACUGCCCAAAAUGCAGUUAUCAAUUUUGACACUGUGUGUGGAGUACCUUACACAGCUUUACCAUUGGCUACAGUUAUCUGUUCAACCAACCAAAUUCCAAUGCUUAUUAGAAGAAAAGAAAGAAAGGAUUAUGGUACUAAGCGUCUUGUAGAAGGGGCUGUUAAUCCAGGAGAAACCUGUUUGGUCAUUGAAGAUGUCGUUACUACUGGAUCUAGUGUUUUGGAAACUGUUGAGGUUCUUCAGAAGGAGGGCUUAAAGGUCACUGAUGCCAUAGUGCUGCUGGACAGAGAGCAAGGGGGCAAGGACAAUUUGCAGGCACAUGGGAUUCGUCUCCACUCAGUGUGUACAUUGUCCAAAAUCCUGGAGAUUCUUGAGCAACAGAAAAAAAUUGAUGGCGAGAUGGUUGAGAGAGUGAAGAGAUUUAUUCAGGAGAACGUUUUCGUAGCUGCUGAUCAUAAUGGUUCUCUCCCUUCUGUAAAGAAAGCACCCAAAGAACUCAGCUUUGACGCUCGUGCAGACCUGCCCAGGAUUCACCCAGUUGCAGCGAAGCUUCUCAGGCUUAUGCAAAAGAAGGAGACCAAUCUGUGUCUGUCUGCUGAUAUCUCAGAGUCCAGAGAGUUGUUGCAGCUAGCAGAUUCUUUAGGACCCAGCAUCUGCAUGCUCAAGACUCAUGUGGAUAUUUUGAAUGAUUUUACUCUGGAUGUGAUAAAGGAAUUAACAACUCUGGCAAAACGCCAUGAGUUCUUAAUAUUUGAAGACCGGAAAUUUGCAGAUAUAGGAAACACAGUAAAAAAGCAGUAUGAAGGUGGCAUCUUUAAAAUAGCUUCCUGGGCAGAUCUAGUAAAUGCUCAUGUAGUGCCGGGCUCAGGAGUUGUGAAAGGCCUGCAAGAAGUAGGCCUGCCUUUGCAGCGGGGGUGCCUGCUCAUUGCAGAGAUGAGUUCCACUGGCUCCCUGGCCACUGGGAACUAUACUAAAGCAGCGGUUAGAAUGGCUGAGGAGCAUUCUGAAUUUGUGAUUGGUUUUAUUUCUGGCUCCCGAGUAAGCAUGAAACCAGAAUUUCUUCACUUGACUCCAGGAGUUCAGUUGGAAGCAGGAGGGGAUAAUCUUGGUCAACAGUACAAUAGCCCGCAAGAAGUUAUUGGCAAACGAGGUUCUGAUAUCAUCAUUGUAGGUCGGGGCAUAAUAACAUCUGCUAAUCGUCUGGAAGCAGCUGAGAUGUACAGAAAAGCCGCCUGGGAAGCUUAUUUGAGUAGACUUGGCGUUUGAGUGUCUGGAAUACCUUUUGUGAAGGCCAUGAAGAUCCAUUGUCUCUUGAGAUGUACUGGCUGGAAAUAACAAGCAGCCUUUAAUACUGCUUGAAUUCUUCCAUGGGUCCUCUGUUGGAAUGACUUCAAGAGUUAUCACAGUGUUUAGGAAAUACUGAAUGGCUUGUAAUCACUGCAUUAUUGCUAUAAUAAAUUCAUUUUCAAAAAUU